AUGUGGACGUAUCUGUUUGGAACAAGGAAUGCUAAGAAGAAGGAGCUGCCUAAGAAGGCGAUUUUGGAUUUAAGAGAGCAUAUCCAGUUGCUUUCGAAGAAGCAGACGCACCUGCAGACGCAGAUUAGCGCCCAGGAACAGAGCGCAAGACAGUUCUUGGGUAAGGGCAAUAAGACGAUGGCUAAGAAUGCUCUUAAGCGGAAAAAGAUGUUUGAAGGUCAGUUGGCGAAGAUCGACGGACAGAUGGAGUCAUUGGAGCAGCAGCUAUAUUCGAUAGAAAAUGCAAACUUGAACUUAGAGACUAUGAAGGCGAUGAAGCAAGGAGCCACGGCGAUGAAGCAUAUCCAUGAUGGGUUGGAUGUUGAACGGGUGGAUGAGACGAUGGACGAGAUCCGUGAACAGGUGGAACUUGGGGAGGAAAUCAGCGAUGCUAUCUCCAGGCCUUUGUAUACAGGUGUGAACGAUAUAGACGAAGAAGAAUUGGACGAAGAGUUGGACCUGUUGGCCCAGGAGGAAGUGGCCAAAAAGGUAGUGCAGCCUGGUGCUGCUACGUUGGAAGGAUCUUCUUCAAAGAAGGUUUCCUUACCGUCCGUGCCCACCGGCGAGCUCCCACAGCAUGAAGCGCGCGGUAAAUCUGAUAGUAGGAACAAAGAGAGUCAGGAAGAGGAUGAAGAUGAGAGAGCAUUGAGAGAGUUACAAGCGGAGAUGGGGCUGUGA